AUGAGUAGGAGGUGGAUACAGAACCCGAAUAGGUGCACAGAUGAAUAUUUGGAUGAAAUUGAGGAUUUUAUUGACUUUGCACGGACACACAACCCGAGUGCAACUAGAAUCCGUUGUCCUUAUCGAAGGUGUAACAACACGUUAUGGGAGACAAUUGAAAAUGUUCAAUUUUAUUUGGUAAGGAAUGGAAUGAUUGAGACAUAUAGCACUUGGACCUAUCACGGGGAACAAUUAGACAUUGCUUCUUCUUCAAGGGCCACAAGUGUGGAGAAUGUGGAACCUAUUGUGGAUCCUAAUGAACAAGUCAUGGAUAUUCUGAAUGAUGCUUUUCCAUUUGCAUCGACCAGCAGCAAUCAAGGGGAGAAGAUGACGUGCCUACAUCAAUGGACAGUGCAGAGUUUGAACAGUAUGAAAAACUGUUAUAUCCGGGGGGUUUUUAAGAGAAUGCUUCCGACAGACAAUUGUUUGCCGAAAGACCACCGACAGGCACAAAAGGAAAAACGGGUAGAUGACGAUGUGAUGCGGCAUCCUGUAGCUAGGGAAGCAUGGAAAGAGUUCCCUGAGUUUGCUGCCGAUACUCGAAAUGUUAGAUUGAGACUUGCCACUGACGGAUUCAAUCCGUAG